AUGCUUUCACUCCUGUUUGCAUUUAUAUACCGAGACGACUCUUUAGAAGCUACAUCGCUGUUAUACUCUCUGCUUUGCCACUCAUCAGUGACUCAUUAUAACAGCUUGGCACUUGUUGAUAUCUCGAAAGCAUUUGAUUCGGUUUCACAUGACACAACUGUCAGAUCUACCGAGGUGUUUGGAGAACUGCCACCCCUAGUUCGAUACAUUUCACAGUCCUAUGAGAACGCUGUGGCAGCAUUCCCGAAUUCCAAGGUUCAUUGUGGGAGGCAGGGAGAUCCACUCUCCGCAUUAUUGUUCAACAUGGCGAUGGAUGAGGCAGCAAGUCCGGCAUUGACAGAAUUGGAAAUCGUGAUGCUGGAUUGGGUUGGGAAAUUGCUGAAGCUACCCAAACAGUUCCUGCACGAGGGCAACCAAGGGGGAGGUGUCAUCCAGUGUUCAGCCAGCGAUUGCGUCUUGCUAUCCAUGCUAGCUGCAAGGCACAAAGCCAUCAUUCAAUACAGGCACUUGUUCGCUUCCGAACCGAAUCCCGGGACAGCUGUGCUGGGGCGUUUGGUCGCCUAUGCGUCCACACUGGCUCACUCUUGUGUGGAGAAGGCAGGGAUGAUUUGCUUUGUUUACUUUCGCCAAAUCAAACCGGACUCGGAUUUUGCAAUGCAAGGAUCGGCACUGCAAGAAGCAAUUGAGAGACGCACCUGGAAUCCAGUUGAAUCUCUCGUUUGUGAUGUUCUCAGGCAACUGAAUGUGCUGCACCAGGCCGCUUCAUGUUUCAGUCAUUACGAUAUUUGA